CCUGCACGAGAACACAACUGUCUUGAAAUUAUUGGCAACAUACGUUGUUGCCAAAUAAUGCCAAAGUUAUUGAGCUUUGGCUAAUGUAUUUUAUUUGGAUAGUAGAAUCGAAGUUGUGAUAUGUUUUUGCUUGGUCCAAAAGUUCGUUUAACCUCCAAAUGAUGACAGCAACAAUUUUCAGCCAGAUAAAUUCAUCUUCUUUUUGUGGCACCCACGACUCUCGUUGUCAAACGCGCUAUUUUAAGUAUAAUACAAAAAAACCCUUUCGGAUUUGUCCCGAAUAAAGAUCCAACCCCGAGUCUCGCGGACACCAUGACGUCAGCGUUGGAUCAGUGAAGUAAAACAAUCGACCCCGCUCCUCAGCUCCUGUUCCCAAACCGACCGCAGCGCCCGUGUGUCCGUGGCGUCAAACAACCCCGGGCUCAGCUGACAGAAGACAGCCACGAGCCGGUUCGUCGCGUGUUUUUUUUCCUCCGCCACCCACCCUGCCCUGCCGGCCCCACCGCCCGUGAACGGCCCCGGUGAACGGUGAACAAGAAGAAGCUGCUGUCUCUUGUCCGACAACAGGAACAAGCAUGUCUGCUCAGCCCGGUGAGGAGCUCGGCUCGGAGGGGAAGUGGUUCGGGGAUGAUUACGAGAGGAACGGCCUGUUCGGGAGCACACCGACCAGGUUCGACGAGUUACGUGAGGAAUUUAAGCCGAGAGGGGGCGACGCGACAGGCGACCUGGAUCAACAAUUUCAUCUUUUCCAGGACGACGGGAAAAGGCCUCCCGUUGCUAUGGAAACUGCAUCUACAGAUGAUCCCAUGUCUGGUCUGUUUAGGAAACCUUUGAAUGACGACGGUGAUGUGUACACUUCCCUGCUGUCCAACCAGAGUUUCACAGCCGGCCGAGAAGCAUCUUACCUGUCAGAUGAGCUGAAGCCCACCAACCUCUCCUCCGGCUCCUCUGCACUGGAUCACAUCUCCAGUGACGCCUACAACUUCAGCUCCAGCACCCAGAUGACUUCCAACCCAAUGGAUGACAUGCCGAAGACUCUGCUGGGUUCACACAAGACAGAAUCCUAUAACUACAUGGAUAUCAGCCAUGAGGAGGAGCGCCAUGACCAGCACCAGGGGGUUCCAUCCAGCACCGUGGACAAAGGCUCCCCUGGUCACGACUUACUGGGCGGCUACAUGGAUAAAAGUCCUGGACGAGACAAGGACGAGGACGAGGAGGAAAAUCUAGGUCCGGCGCUGGGCUCCCACUCGUUCCCUUAUGUGGAGGAGCCAUCUGAUGAGGAGCUGACAGAUUAUCGCUCCUACCGAAACCUGGGCGGCACCCCACAGACGGCCAGCCCCGUGAAGAUCACCUUGACCGAGUCCCAGCCUCCAGUUUUCAAGGCUGAGCCGCAGCAGCAGCCCCCUCCGGUCAGUGUGUCCGAGCGGGAAAGUGUCCUCAGCGUGGGCUUGCAGGGGGUUCCUACGGUGACACUGUCCGAGCCGGAGGACGACAGCCCUGCCUCCACUCCAAAUGCUUCACCCACACGAAAAGAUUUUUCAUCACAUGACAUGUUCAAAGCGGAGACGGAGAAGACUGCAGCUCCCAAAAGUAACCCCGGUUCAAAGCCCAGCAGCAGGGAGCACGAUGGCAGCAGCGCAGAGUCCGGAGACUCCGAGAUUGAGCUUGUGUCUGAGGAGCCUCCCAAAGCCAGUAGCAACCCAUUUGCAGAGCCACCAAAAAGCAAGAGCGGCUUUGGUCAGCCUAACAACCCGUUUGACAAUGCCCCGGUUUCCAAGGGUGGUUUUGGCCCUGCGGGAAGCCCUGCUCCCCCCACUGCCUACAGCAUACUGAGGGAGGAGAGAGAGGCAGAGCUUGACAGUGAUCUCUUCAUUGAGUCUGCAUCUGAAGAAAGUCCAAAGAGAGAGCAGGGUGCCAGUGGCCCCAAACAUGGAGUCAGCUCCCCUUCUCCUCUGGUUUCCACUGCCACCCCUCCCCGCAGCACCACUGGGCCGGCGCCAGUCGAGCCUACGAUGGCCGAAAAGGCCAAGGUCCCAGUGAAAACAGAGGAGGAUCGUCCCAGCAAGCCUAAGCCUCCAACUGCAGCUGUUCCUCCAGAAGUGAGGUCAGAAAAGCCCCACCAGGAUGACACAUUCAACAUCCCCCACGAGGGAAAAGAAGAACAAGGCAAACCUACUGUGUCACUUAUGGAGGGAUUUGAUAAACAGAAAGUGAGCAGUUGGGAGAAAAUGGAACAUGGUAACUAUGGUAACUGCAUCAGGCAGGUGCUCGGCGUAUCCAGAGCUUCUCGGCAGAGCAGUGGUCACAGUCGGGCUGAGGUCAUUCGCUGCCUCUUUCCCUGUUCAGCCAUGGGAUCCGCAGCCAUCGACCUCCUCUACUGGAGGAACGUGAAGCAGUCAGGUGCUGUGUUCAGCAGCGUGCUCCUGCUCCUCUUCUCUCUGACCCAGUUCAGCGUGGUCAGCGUCGGAGCCUACUUAGCCCUGGCAGCCCUCUCUGCCACCAUCAGCUUCAGGAUCUACAAGUCUGUGCUGCAGGCUGUGCAGAAGACCGAUGAGGGACAUCCAUUCAAAGCGUACCUGGAGAUGGAGAUCGCUCUGUCUCAGGACCAGAUCAGUAAAUAUGCCGACAAAAUCCUGCUCUACUCCAACACCUGCAUGAAGGAGCUCCGCAGGUUGUUUCUCGUACAGGACCUGAUCGACUCUUUGAAGUUCGCAGUUCUGAUGUGGCUGCUGACCUACGUGGGGGCACUCUUCAACGGCCUGACACUGCUCAUCUUAGCUGUGGUCUCCAUGUUCACCAUGCCUGUUGUCUAUGAGAAACAUCAGGCACAGAUUGAUCAGUAUGUGGGACUAAUACGGACCCAGGUCAACUCUGUGGUGGGGAAGAUCCAAGCAAAGAUCCCUGGGGCCAAAAGGAAGGAGGAGUAGACCCGUCCAUGUCACUGCAAAGCUGACAGUCCAGGCCAGCUCAGAAUCAAGCUCCCUGCUGAAGAGCCUGGUCGUCAUCUGUGGGGCGUAGUGCUAUGUCAUCUUGGUGUUCUCUAAAAGCAUCCACUGGAGAAGCCUUCACCCUGUCUAUAGCAGUCUAAACACUAACACAGUCACAUGUUGUGCAUAAUCCUGUUUCUAAGUAGGCAAGUACACAACUCAAAGGCAAAAAAAGAUGCCAUCUUUUUUUGUGUUGCUUAUCAUUAAGUGCAUGAAGUGGAUCCUUGGGUAAAUAAUACUUGAUCUUUUUUGUGCAUUUAAAAAAAAAAAAAAAAGAAAA